GUUUGCCUCUCAAAGUGGUAUGUUGCGAGACGCUCCUCCCGCCAUCGAAUGAACCCGAACUGCUGGCGGAACCCAAGGUGUAAGCUAAGGCAGAGAAACCACCAGCAGACAUCUACUCCACCUACGCCUUUGCCCAUUGUGACUGAGUGGCUACCUGCGCCCUAGACGUUCUACAUAUACGCUACACGUACGGUACUGUAGAGGCUGACGACAUCACAACUGAACCCAAACACCAGCGCGUGUAGUCUCCGCCACAGUGCACUGUAACACUCCUACGAGGCAAAAAUGGCUCUGAAAGGCAAAAACAUGAGACUGAUUUAUAUGAAGGUUGGGGGCUCAGCUGGGAUGGGAUCAUCUUUGAGAGCAAGAUCUUUUGUUCUUGGUAUGAUGGUGGCUUCAUUAACAUGGGCCAUUAUUAUAUACCUCUAUUUCUCCCUUACUGAGGAACCAAUCCUUGCAGCUCAGUUUCAUCACAGGGUUACGCCUUAUGGUCCUGAAAGUUCAAAUGCUAUAGCUGGUGAAAAACUUGCUAGAUCUAGUGGCAUCAGAGAAAUUGAAGGACGUUCUGAGUUAAGACCAGUGAAAGAAAACUUCUAUAAACAGCCACAGAGGAAUAACAUAGAAAAUGAAAUUGAUAAAAACCCUAUUAAGAAAAACACAUUUGAAGUCAAAAAGAAAAUUUAUGAAAACAGCGAUAGUUUUCGUAAAAGUGAAAUUAUAAAAGUAGAAGAUAAUAAAAUAUACAGGAAUGAACAAAAUAUUAAAGACAAACUAGGAGAUGAAAUUCCUGCAGAUCAAGAAGUCAACUUACCUAUGCUUGGUUUGGUGAAGACGCAUGAAGACCAAAUGGAAAAGGAUAAGGGUUAUCGCCUCCAUGCUUUCAAUACACUAAUAUCCUCACGCCUGUCAUUGCAUCGCCCAAUACCAGACACCAGGAAUAAGAGAUGUAAUGAUAUUGAAUAUUCACCUCAGCUUCCAACUACAUCUAUUGUUAUAUGCUUCUACCGAGAGGACCAUUCAGCAUUGCUGCGAACGAUACAUUCCAUACUUGACCGAUCACCAUCUUACCUCCUUCAUGAAAUCUUGUUGAUAGAUGAUACAGAUGAAGAUAGUUACCAUACUGAAGUAUUGAAUGAGGUUGAAGGAAUCAGCAAGAAGAUCAUUGUUCUCCAAACACCCCAGAGGGAGGGCCUUAUCAGAGCACGUGUUUUUGGUGCUCGACAUGCUACUGGUGAGGUGCUUGUGUUCUUGGACAGCCACGUUGAGGUGAAUGUGGGCUGGAUUGAGCCUCUGCUAUCUCGAGUCUCUGAGCACCGCAACCAUGUAGUCACACCAAUCAUUGAUGUUAUUUCACCAGACACAUUUCAAUACACAGCGUCUCCUCUGGUGCGUGGUGGCUUUAACUGGGGUCUGCAUUUUAAAUGGGACACAAUUCCAUCCAUGUAUUUUGCAGACAAAACUAAUUUUGUUAAACCUAUAAGAUCUCCUACCAUGGCAGGAGGCCUUUUUGCCAUGGAUCGCAAGUAUUUCAAGGAGCUUGGUGAAUAUGACAUGGGGAUGGAUGUGUGGGGUGGAGAGAAUCUUGAAAUGUCAUUUAGGAUUUGGAUGUGUGGCGGUGAACUGGAAAUUAUACCCUGUUCCCGUGUGGGCCAUAUUUUCCGUCGUAGACGGCCUUAUGGCGGACCUGGGGGACAGGAUUCCCUCUUGCGAAACUCCUUAAGAGUGGCUAAUGUGUGGAUGGAUGACUACAAAGAAAACUUCUUCAAAACUCGCCCAGGAGCAGAAAGAGUGGAAUAUGGUGAUGUAUCAGAGAGGGUAAAGCUUCGAAAAAAUCUACAGUGCAAACCUUUCUCUUGGUAUCUUAACACUGUCUACCCAGAGCUUGGACCUCCAGGUGAAGAAACUAAGAACAGAGGAAAUGACAGAGACCAGCCAGGAUUUGGUGUCAGGCAGUUCCAGCCUUGGAAUAAACGCACUCGGAACUAUACACACAAAUGGCAGAUACGUUUGACUGGAACCAACUUUUGUGUGGAGUCUGAGGAAGAUGUUUCAGUUAAAGGAUCAAAACUUGUAUUGUCUGUAUGCUCGGAAUGGAACCGCCAAUUCUUCCAUCAGACAGAUCGAAAUGAGCUUGUUCUUUCACAAUUGUUGUGCCUUCAAGCUUCAGAACAACAACCACGUUUGAGGAAAUGUCACGAGAUGGGUGGCACUCAAGAAUGGAAGAUCAGUAACCGGAUGGGUGUACCUCUGUACAACAUGGCUGUGGGUUUGUGUAUUUCUGCUCAAGAAGAGAGAUUGGGUGCAUCUGUGAUAAUGGCCAUGUGCUCCACUCCAAAACUGGCAACUUGGGACCUUGUAGAUGUACUUUAGGGGCUACCACUUGGUUCUGCAGGAACUUUAGAAUAACAUACAGUAUUAAUGUUUUGGAUAGUCUUGGAUUCCUCUGUAUGAUAUUUAGAUCUGUUUGGAGCCCUCAGCUAGCUUAAACAGAUAUCAAAUAACAACUUCAUAGAAUUCACAGACUUAGUUGGGGCUUUCAAAUGAGUGGAAAUGUAAUCCCUCGCCCCCAAAAUAAAUGGUACCAAAGUAGGUUUAACAUGAUAAAUUAAUAUAAUUCAUCUUAUCCUUAAGUAUAAGUUUUAUUACAAAAGCACUCAUCUGUGGAAUUUAUACAAAAUCUUUUGCUUUAAGAUAAUUAAUAUCUGAGAAACUGGAGUGGCUAAAUAUUGCCCCAGUGUUAGUGGGUAUAAGGCAUACAGUAUGUGGUGAAUGUGGCUGGGAUUACAGUGAAGGUAUGCAGUAAAAAUUCUCACUUUUCAUCAAUCGGACAAGGAAGGAAAUGAUUAACAAGGUAAAUAUCAUCAGCCAAGGUUUUGUACUGUAACUGUUAUUAAUAAGAGACUUUUCUGAAGCAAAAAAUUAAUUGAUCUCUGAAAAUUUUACAGUACAAAAAAUAAAAAAAAGUUAGUUACACUGCUAUUAGGCUAACUCAUGAAUAUAUAUUUUUGCUCCAUCUUUCUCUCUUCAUAAGUCAUCCGGAAUGACAAUGAGUCAUAUUUUAAGUGUAAGAUACUGCUAAGUUAGUUUAUAGGGACAAAAAUCUAUCAGACAAAAGUUUCUCUUAGGAAAGUAUUUACCUUUACACUGAUCAUAGAGAUAAUGCUACAUUCCAGCCCUUUUACUUUGUCUUAUAAUAAUUUCUUUGUGGCAUUGUAAGAUAUGCUUCUAGAUUAGUGCCACUGUUUCAUUGACUAGUACUGACUUAUUAGAAGUUUAUGUGAAAUAUUGACUAGUGAUAUGACAUCAUAUUUAAUUAAGAACGAGUGCUUUAUGGUGCUAUACUUCAAUAAUUAUGUUAAUUUUAAGUUUGCUAUUAUUGACAAAAUCUAGUUUAGUAAUAGUACUAACCUUCCUUGAUUAUAUAUAUAUAUAUAUAUAUAUAUAUAUAUAUAUAUAUAUAUAUAUAUAUAUAUAUAUAUAUAUAUAUAUAUAU